AUGUCUUCUAAUACGCAGCAAUCCAAAAAAACGAAAAAGACGACUACAAAAAAGUCUGUUCAACAAACCGAUGGGACAGCAGCAAGCACAAGACAAUGGGAAAUUCUUCCCAGCUUAACAGUUAGCGCAGAGCUAGAUGGUACUGUCCUGUCCACUUUGUCCACCAUGAGCACCCAACUGAAUGAAUCUCAUUCACUUCUGGAGAAGGUCUACCACAACAUGGGAGCAACCAAUGGCCAGAAUAACAAUUCAAACCAUAGUCCCAUCGGUCAGGCUCUUACUACAGGAGAAUAUAUAAAGUACUGCCUUCCAACGGUUUUGAGAUUGAUCCGUUCUCAAACACGAGCAGUUCUGGCAACAAUGCCAUUGACAGUCAAUGAGGGCGCCUUCUCGACAUCCAACCGUCCCAUUGCUGAUGGCAAAAGCUUUGCCAGAAAAGAUAGCUCGACAAAAUCGGAUCUCUCGACGCCGGUCCAGAAAGAGAAACACUACAAGGCAAUUCACUUAGCUGACAAGGCAAACCUUGAGUCUAAGUUUGGUGAGACUGUCGUUGACCUUCUGGACUAUGACAUGUUGUCUGAUAUUGAGUCAGAUGAGGAGAAAAAUAAAACUAGAUAUACUCCUAGAAAUAGACAUCCCUUGGUGGAUGAAUACUUUACUGUUUUGAAGAAACAGAGACUUGUUAACAAGGGACCAGACGUAAUUGGCAAUUCUGUCUAUCCAAUUAUUUUGAGAAACACCAAGUUGUCAAAUGAGAAAAAGGUGCGUGUUGCUGCUUGGAUUCACACACGCCAACAAUAA